CGGCGGCGGAGGAGCUGCUGUGGCGACCGACGCAAGGCUGUGGCAGAGACCCACCCCUGUCCACAUGGACAGUCGCAGAGGCCUGCCCUGAUGCAUUCACCCCAGGGCGGGGGUGGGCGGUAGGCCGGAGCGGCGGCCGCGGCUGCGGAAGGAGAGAGGGGUCUGGGGGGGUGCGGGCCGGUCGCGGAGCUCUCGCCGCUCCGGCGCGGCGGGUGCGGCCAUUUUACGGCCUGGGACGCAGGGAGGCGUGUUAGUACGCUCGCCUUCAUCCUCCCUUCCUGGAACCUGCGUUCGAGAGAGGCUUCUCUGGCUGCCUCGGUGGGCGGUGGAUGGGGAGUCGCGGGCCGAGGAGAGCCGGGCCCGGGAAGCGCCGUCGCCGCCGUCGCCGUUCGCAUUCCCCCGGAGGGGCCUGAGGAGAAGCCCAGGCCGCGCUCGCCGCCCGCCAGCCCACCGACAGGCCCGGGCGCCCGGGCCUGCUUUUGUCCGGACGUGCGAGCGCCGCCCGCCUGACGGCUAAGCCGGAGGCCUGCAACCCUGAGGCGGCUACCCUCCUGCGGCUCGGCCUCUCAUCCUGGCGAUCACGAAAGUGGUGUGGGCCAUGGAUUAAGGAGGCGGCGGCGUGGGAGGAGGAAGAUGGCGGCUGGCAAGAGCGGCGGUAGCUCCGGAGAGAUUACUUUUCUGGAAGUUAAAUCGUCGAUCUGAAAUCGUUGCUACCAGUUCUGGUGAUUUCGUCUUGAAGACAUAUGUAAGACGAAACAAGAGUGAAAGUUUUAAAACUUUAAAAGGGAAUGCAAUUGGACUUAACAUGUUGAACAACAAUAAGAAAUUGAGUGAAAAUACACAAAAUACAUCAUUGUGUUCUGGAACUGUAGUUCAUGGUAGACGCUUUCAUCAUGCUAAUGCACAGAUAUCAGGAGUGAAAACAGCAGCCCAAAGCAGUCUGGACCGAAAAGAAAGGAAAGAAUACCCACCUCAUGUCCAAAAAGCUGAAAUUAGUUCAGUAAGGUUAAGUCGGCCACAAGGUAUGGAACGCAUAGGGAAAAAAACAGAAGAGUCUGAGUCACAUGCAGAGCCUGAAAUUAAGAGGAAAGUGCAACAGAAGCGGCACUGUAGUGCAUAUCAAGCUUCCCCUCUCUCUCCUGCUUCAAAAAAAUGUGUAACCCAUUUAGAGGUUUCUGAACAGCGUGAAUGUUGUCCACAGUGUGGGAAGGAAAAGGAAAAUCAGACCAAAUGUCAAAGUUGUGGUGUUCUUUUUCAUAAUGAUUUACCAAAGUCUUGCAGACAAGCUAUAAGUUUGAAUGACUCCACUGGACCAUCAUUAAGAACAUCAAUUCAUCAAAAUUCUGGAGGACAGAGACCACAGACCACAGGAUUAACAACCAAGAAGUUUUAUGGCAACAAUGUGGAAAAGGUUCCAAUAGACAUUAUUGUAAAUCGUGACGAUAUUAGACAUAAUUAUUUGCAGACUAAUGGAAAAAUCAUUUUACCUUCGGCAAAAAUACCCAAAAUCACAAGCAUAAAAGAGAGGAAAACAAGCUUGUCUGAUCUGAAUGAUCCAAUCAUUUUGUCCAGUGACGAUGAUGAUGACACUGAUAAGACUAACAGAAGAGAGAGUAUAUCUCCUCAACCUGCUGAUUCAGCAUGUUCUUCUCCAGCACCAUCCACUGGAAAAGUAGAAGCAGCACUGAAUGAAAAUACCUGCAGAGUAGAGCAUGAACUAAGAAGCAUUCCAGCUGAAUCAGACUUAAAUACAAUUACAUUGCCACGCAAAGCAAGAAUGAAAGAUCAGUUUGGCAAUCCUAUUAUCAGCACACCUGUAAAACGUCGUAGAGUGGUUUCUCAAGAAACUUUAGUUAAUCCUGCAUCUUCAAGCUGCCAAAGUUCGUUUGAAAGUAUGAUUUUAAACUGUCGAAGUAUUCGGGUGGGAACACUCUUCCGGCUACUAAUAGAACCUGUAAUUUUUUCUUUAGAUACUAUCAAGAUUCAUCUAGAUGAACCGGAAAGUGAUCCAAUAGAGAUUACUUUAAAUACCUCUGAUCUAACUAAAUGUGAAUUGUGUAAUGUCAGGAAAUUACCAGUAGUGUUUCUUCAAACAACACCACCAGUUUAUCAAAAGUUGAGCAUGCAAUUGCAAAUGAAUAAGGAGGAUAAGGUUUGGAACAAUUGUAAAGGAAUAAACAAGCUAACAAAUUUGGAAGAGCAAUAUAUAAUUUUAAUCUUUCAAAAUGGCCUUGAUGCUCAAGCAAAUAUGAUAUUUGAAAGUAUCAUUACUGACAUUGGUGUUAAGAAUAACGUUUCCAACUUUUUUGCAAAAAUUCCCUUUGACGAAGCCAAUGGUAGACUUGUUGCCUGCACAAGAACCUAUGAAGAAAGUAUCAAAGGAAGUUCAGUGCAAAAAGAAAUCAAAAUUAAAACUGUGUCCUUUGAAUCUAAAAUACAACUUAGAAAUAAACAUGAGUUCCAGUUUUUUGAUGAUGAGGAGGAAGCUGGAGAGAACCACACUAUAUUUAUUGGUCCUGUAGAAAAAUUGAUAGUAUAUCCACCACCUCCAGCUAAGGGAGGCAUCUCUGUAACUAAUGAAGACCUACACUGCCUAACUGAAGGAGAAUUUUUAAAUGAUGUUAUUAUAGACUUCUAUUUGAAAUAUUUGGUGCUUGAAAAACUCAAGAAAGAAGAAGCCGAUCGAAUUCAUAUAUUCAGUUCUUUUUUCUAUAAACGCCUUAAUCAGAGAGAAAGGAGAAAUCAUGAAACAACUAAUUUAUCAAUACAGCAGAAGCGACACGGGAGAGUAAAAACAUGGACCCGGCAUGUAGAUAUUUUUGAGAAAGAUUUUAUUUUUGUACCCCUUAAUGAAGCUGCACACUGGUUCUUGGCUGUUGUUUGUUUUCCUGGUUUGGAAAAACCAAAGUAUGAACCUAAUCCUCAUUACCAUGAAAAUGCAUUUAUGCAGAAAUAUUCAACUAUAGAAGACAGUUGUAUUUCUCCCCCUUCAGCCAAUGAAAUGGACAGUUGUUCACAAAACUCUUCUGCCAAGCCUGUAAUUAAGAAGAUGCUAAACAAAAAGCAUGGCAUAGCUGUAACUGAUUCCAGUGCUGGGCAGGAAGAAAGUGACCCUUGUUUUCGGAGAAACACAUGCAGCGUGAAAUGUAGUGUGAAAAAAAUAAAUCAUAGUGCAAGUGAAAUUGAAGACUCAAAUAGAGGAACAUCACCAUGUCAGAAAGUUGUUGAUAGGACUAAAAGUGAAAAUGGCAUGCAGAAUGAAAGUUUAAGUACCAUACACCAUCCAGGCAAUUAUCAUGGAGCUGGAUUGAAAGUAGAACAAGCAGAACACAAACCAGCACAUAAAUGGUAUGCUAAUGUCUCAGGUGGUAGCUUUGUUCGCUAUGCCACAACAGCAGUCCCUGAUGGUUAUUGGAAGAGUAUGUUUCUGAUCACAGCAUUGAGAUUAAUACAAGUGUUUUUAGAUGGCUUAAGCAAAAUCAGACUAAGUUAUAGUGAUGAGUCAGCUGAAAGUAGUAAAAUGCUUGAAGAUGAACUUAUUGACUUCUCUGAAGAGCAGGAUAACCAGGACGAUAGCAGUGAUGAUGGCUUCCUUGCUGAUGACAACUGUAGUUCAGAAAUAGGACAGUGGCAUUUAAAGCCUACCAUCUGUAAACAACCUUGUAUCCUACUUAUGGACUCACUGCGAGGACCUUCCCGAUCAAAUGUUGUCAAAAUUCUAAGAGAGUAUUUAGAAGUGGAAUGGGAAGUUAAGAAAGGAAGCAAAAGAAGUUUUUCCAAAGAUGUUAUGAAAGGCUCUAAUCCAAAAGUACCCCAGCAAAACAACUUCAGUGACUGUGGUGUUUAUGUAUUGCAAUAUGUAGAAAGUUUCUUUGAGAAUCCAAUUCUCAAUUUUGAGCUACCUAUGAAUUUGGCAAACUGGUUUCCUCCCCCAAGAAUGAAAACAAAAAGAGAAGAAAUCCGAAACAUAAUUCUGAAGCUGCAGGAAGAGCAGAGCAAAGACAGAAAGAAGCAUAAAGAUACUUCUCCCACAGAAGCAUCUCUAGGCGAAGGAACAGAACAAUAUGUGAACAGUAUCUCAGAUUGACAGAUGGCUCUUGCAUGCCAGUUCUGCAUUCAGAAACUAAUGACUUUCAACUUUGGGUAUAAACAGUAAAGAACUGAAGUGUUCACUACUCAGAGUGAUUUGACAAUGUUAAUGCUUGUAUAAAUGUCAUAUAAUUAAUUUCCAAAGGAGUAUGUAUUAAGUAAGUCUGUAAAUAUGUUAAUGAGGCCAAUUUUUCCAGCAUUUAUAAUUAUUUUUUUCACUUGUUAGGAAGCUUUUGUUAUGUAUUUUUCUGUUAAUAGUACUUAAAACUGCAACUUCUAAACACAAAAUAAAUAAAAAGAAAAUAUUUAUAGGAGGAAAUGAUUAAUUUGAUAUUCUUUAGUGAACUUGUACAAUUCCUAAGCGGGUGUGAUACAUUUCAUGGGAAUAUGCAAGUAUCUAUGAUUUGUUGAUCUGUUGCAUUCAUUCUAAAAUAACUUAGAAUGUGAAAAUAAGAUAAAUCAAAGGCAUUGUGAACUAACCACUCAUCUUUAUAUGCUUACAGAAGGAAUAAUAAGAACUUAUCACAUUCCCAUAUGUUCAAAGGAUCUAAGACAUGUAAUAUUUAUACUUGACAUAAAUGAUUAGGAAAAAGCAGUACUUAAGAUCAUUCAAAGAAAAAUACACAGAAGUAUGUAAUGAAAAUUAGCUAGAGUUGCAAACAUUAUUGUCACAUGCGUUUAUGAAAGCAUCAAAGACUCAGGUUAAAAUUUUUGAUGAAUGCAGCUUUCAUUUCAAAUGUCCAUGUUACUUUUCUAUAUGAUCAUUUAAAGUAUGUUAUAAUCUGUGAUAAGUUAUUUGAUAAACAUUUUUUAAUUAUGCAAGCCUCAAAAUUUAAAUAGGAUUUUCUUUGUAAUAGCAUUUGCUAUUAUUUCCAUUAUUCCUUUUUUUUGGUAAACAGAACAUCAAAAUUUUUGCUUGAGUUUUUCAGUACAGAUUAUUUUUAUAUGUCAGUUGUAUAAUGCAGCAAAAAUCUAUUUUGAAUUGUUUUUUAAAUAUAAUUAAUCUGAUGGGUUGAAGACAGAUUUACAAGUCACUCGGGAUAUUCCAUAUCUCCAGAACCUGUUGGCAUUCAGACUUGACAUAUAUAUUUUUAAAAAUCAGUUUCUGUGUGAUAUAUGCAUAACAAAAACAAUUGAGUAUUUUCUUCGUAAGUUAGCCCUUUCUUGCGUUGUGCCUAGCAUUUGAGUCUAGUUCUUUCAAUUCUAUAAAAAUCCAUGAACAUUUUUGGGUGGACAAAUAUAAACAAAACCCCAAAAAAAGUCUAUUGAGAUACACUUAAUAAGUGAAAUUCUAGAAGUAAUAUAAGGUGAGUCACUGUUGAUGCUACCAAUUACAUGUUUUUCUAGUCUUUGAACUAUCUUGGCACUUUUUCUGUUUAGCAAUACAGGAAACAACUAUAUCAACGUCAAAAUUGUCAUACUUAAUUUUUUAAAUGAAGUGUUUUGUCCAGAAUUUGAAGAUACUGAAAAAGCUAUUCUAAAGUACUUACUUGUUUUUGGUUUAAUUUCUUGUAGUUACACUUUAUCAUUAGCUAAUUUUUGAUUAGCUAAAAUAAGGACUUAGCCCUUGGGCCAACUCAAGUCAGUUGUAUUCCAACAUACAGUAUACAUGAACGGAUGUCAACUUUCUAGAUUUAGAGUACUAAACAAAUGGGUGGCAUAUCUCCCACCCCAUGUGCAGUUUUGUUUUUGAAAGUUGUGCUAGUAUAUAGACGCUGAAAACUCCGGUGGCUGCUAUAUUGAGCUCCAAACUGGAUUUGAGACUCCUCAGUGAUUGUGCACAUUCACUUGGUAAUUAUGUUUCUGGUAUUUCUGUAUGUAGUUACAAGUGAAUACAAGCCUUUUUAGAGUAUUAUUCGUGAUUAGAAGCUGUGAAACAGAACUUUAAGGUCUAGAGGUUUGUUACUAGACACUGAAGCUGCAUGAUGAGUAUCUAGUGUCUGAACUAAUUAGAUAGAUCUGUUGUAUUGGUUUUCUUGUUGGAUAGAAUAGCAGUUAAUCAUAUUUAGAAGAGAUUAGAUUACUUAGCCAUAAAAUUUGUAUGUGUCUCAGCUCUUGGUAGGAGCAAAGGUGCUGUUCAACUAGUCCCUUCCCUUUGAUGUUGUUGUACCAAUUAAGAAAGUUGAAAACUUAAGUGAUAUUUUUUCAGAUUAACAUAAACCAUAUAAACCUAAUUUGUUGAGUAACCUACACUUAAACUUUUAACUAAACAUGGGAGGUUUCAUUUGGAAGUAUAAAUUAUCUAGAUUAUGUCUUAAUUACCUAAAAUGAAUUUACUAUUUAUGUUUAAAAUCUCACCAAAAGCUAUAAAGGACAAUGUGAGUUUCAAUUUAUCUAAAAUGAAACAUUAUAGAGUGCCAGAUAAUACAGAACAUAGUUUAAUAUACAAAGUCAAGGCUUGAUGGUGUUGUACUGCAACCACGGAGGGGAAUAACUGUCAGAAAAAAAUAGAACCCUUGAGAAUAAGCAGGACAAUGCUGUAUGUUUUAUAAAGAUAGCAGUAGUGAAAAUUUACUCUGCAGAUCACUUCAAGGACGAAAGGAGAGGAACUGAC